AUGGCCAUCGACAUGAAUUUCUAUGAGUUGUUAGUUAUUGGAGAUUCAGAUCUUCUGAUUCAUCAUGUUCAAGAAGAAUGGGAUGUGAAGAACCCAAACAUUAUACUUUACGUACAGUAUGUGCAGAAGUUGUUCAAAAGAUUUUAUAAGAUCGAGUUCAGACAUACUCCUGGAAUACAGAAUGAAUUAGCCCAUGAUCUUUCCACCAUCGCUUCGUUGACUAAACAUCCGGACACAAAUUAUAUUGAUCCUCUGGAUAUAGUGUUGAAAAAACAUUCAGUCUAUUGUUCCCAUGUUGAAGCAGAACAAGACGGAUUGCCUUGGUAUUUUGAUAUAAAGAAGUACUUGGAGUCUGGAACUUAUCUCGAAGACAUUACGUCCAAUAAGAAGAAGUUGAUACGCCGUAUGGCUCUCAAUUUCAUUAUAAGUGGAGAAGUCCUUUAUAGGAGGACUCCAGAUUUGGGUCUUCUAAGAUGUGUGGAUGUUGUUGAAGCUGUGAAGCUUAUCGAACAGAUACAUGCUGGAGCUUGUGGCAUGCAUAUGAAUGGAUUCACUUUGGAAAGAAAUAUCCUACGAGCCGGAUAUUUUUGGAUGACUAUGGAGAAUGAUUGUUGCAAAAUAUCAAUUGGAGCCACUCCAUAUUUGCUACUAUAUGGAACAGAAGCAGUCAUACCUGUUGAAGUCGAGAUACCUUCUUUGAGAAUCAUUUCAGAAGCCGAGUUAAGUAAAACUGAAUGGGUUAGCAAGCGGAUUGAUCAACUAACUUUGAUUGAUAAGAAGAGAAUGGUUGUCGUCUGUCAUGGUUAA